GGAAGUGGCCAAGAAACGAGCUUCCUCACAUACAAAAUGGAGUUGAUCGUCUUAUUUCUGUUUCAUCUGUUUCUAUUCUAUACAUUUCAAAUACAAGGUUCCUCUGCAGUGACUGAUGUAUUUGUGAAAACUGGAGAUGAUCUUAUUCUUAAUCGCACAGAAGCUGAAAUUCCAUCAAAUCCUCGCAUUUGGUUAUGGCAAUUUAACGAUGAUACACUGGUAGAGUUUUCUCUUGGUUCCCCACCAAAUGUUGUUAACAAUCGCUUUGGAAAAGUUGAAGCUACAGAAAAAAGUUACAGUGUGAAAUUAAAGGAUCUACAGAAGUCAGACAAUGGUAUUUAUACUGCAAAGGUAGUAUCACCUAAAGAGCAAAUACUGACUCAAUACAACGUUACAGUUCAAGAUCCAGUGUCUCCAGCUGAUCUCACCUUUACCUGUGCGUUCAUCUCCUCCUCCUAUAACCUGACAGCGACCUGCAGGGCAGACGACUCUUCAAUCAGCAUCACAUUACUGAGAUGUGAGAAUCAAACUUGCAACCAAGAAGAAGCAGAGAGAAGAUUGGUCACCAAAUCUGGCUCUUCUCUUCAUAUCUAUCAGUUGAAAGAAUCAAUUGUCUGUAACCAUAGCAACCAGGUCAGCAGGAAUGAGUCCAUCAAACAGAUUGAGAAUCACUGUACAAAUAAUGAACCCAGAAAACAUCUCUGGUAUAUUACAUUGAUCCUGUUGGUUCUUCUACUCCCUAUAAUUUAUAUUCUAUGUCGAAGUCGCAAGGAAACAGGUGACAAAGGCAACUAUGACAACACGAUAUAUGCUCUGCCUCUGGCAAACGAUCAAACUGAAACAUUGAAGGAAACAGAUGAAGAUUGUUCCCCAACCACCACCUACAGCGUAGUGGGACCUUCUAUGAGUAAGACAGCCACCAAGACUAGAGCCAAAGACCAACCAGAGAGUGUGUAUUCACAGAUAAAGGCUGUGUGAAGUGCAGAACUGAUAUAGUGAGAUUAUGACAUUUCUGUUAUGUGAAAAGGCAGGCUGCUGCAUUUCCUAUAAUCUGGAGAUUACUGAGUCAACCAAAUGGAAAAUAGCCUAUAGUAUGUUUUAUGUAUUCUAAAUUGCUUUAAGUAUUCUAGACAUUUAAGAAACUUUCAUUUAUAUAGAGUAACUGUGGGUUUUACAAAGCUAAGGCUUAAAAACUUGUUAAAAGUUUAAGCCGUUUCACUGGGCAGCAUUUUGAGCAGAGUAAUCAAAUAAUUUGCCAACUAAUAUAAGUUUUGUGUGUUAGUCUAUGAGGAGACAACUGGAACAAGUGACAGCAUUCUGUACAUUAUGUAUAUAAAUUGCAUGUUUAAAAAAUAAUAUAUAUAUAUAUAUAUAUAUAUUUUACUUUUGAUAUCAGAAGUAAGGAAACAGAAAGGACGAAAACAGUACAGAAGGAGAUUGUUGUUUGCUUUGUAUAUUAUUAGCAUUGUGCUCAGUUCUACUAAGUCAAAUAACUUGGAGUCUGAAUUAUUCAUCUGCAGUUUUACUGCAUUUAAUUGAACAGUUGGGAUCAUUAUGAUAUGAACUGUUAAUUAUUCUUACAGCUCUAUUCUGUAACUUAUACCUUGCCAUAGUGUUUUUAUGUGUGUUUUGCACCAUAUUUCCUGCAGACGUAUGUGGGUCUAUCUUAGAAUAGAGUUCAAAUUCAAAAAUCAAAUAUACCUGAUUUAUUCCAAAGGGAAAUUAAGUUUUGUAUCACAUUUCAAAGUUCAAAGUUCUGUUAUUGUGCAGAACUUUGAAGGCACAAUAAUGUUGAAUAAUAUUUAUUCAACAUAAAUAUUAUGUUGAAUAUUUAUGUUGUAAAUAUUCAACAUAUUUACACAAUGUUAUAGAAUGUGUAUUAUAUUAAGAUAACUAUUCUAUUGUUAUCUUAUAAUAAAAUGUUCAUAUAAGGCUUCCAAUGCUAUUUAUGAUCAAUUAUAACCUCCAUACACUUUUUUUAUUGAAAUAUUUGAUAUAUGAUAUAUGAGCUUCAUUUAAAUCACGUCUUUGAUACUGUUACUUUACCUACAACUAUUUUCAAAAGAUGCUCCAAACUUUGAAGAGUCCAUGUGUUAUAUGUAAAUAUAGUGACUUUAAUUCAUGUAAAAUGUAAACAGUUUAGGCUCUAGCUCUGAAACGUGUGGUACGCCUUCAAAAAUUCAAACUAAACCUCACUCAUCUGUACAUACUGAUAUAAAAGGAUGACUUUGUUUUGUGUAUUGUACUAGUUCUUUAAUUCCGUAUCUUUAAUACUCCAUCAGCAACAUAUUGUCUACAAAAAAACUGAUUUUUGAAAUAUAUUACAGUGUAUCUCCUUACUCUGGUUAGGCUUUUAGUAUUAAACUGUGUUGA